AUGAGGCCACCCACAUCGGAAUCAAGUGAACGAAAAGCCAUGGAGGUCAAUCUUGCCACACAACCUCCAAGGAACUGGUUGGAUGUACCGCCAGUAGUAAUGGCCAAUAUACUCAAGCGAAUUGGUCUAGUUGAAAUAGUUGAGAAUGCCCGAAAAGUGUGCACUACAUGGUGUGAAAUCUGCAAGGACAUCUGCAAGGACCCUGCUAUGUGGCAGGUUAUCUAUGUGGAUGCUCCUAAGAAUGAACGUGCAAGACAAACACGUGAGGAGACGUGUAAGUAUAUUCUGGAAAAAAGUCAAGGCCAAUUGGUUGAUCUCACCGUUGUGAAUUCUCAUGAUAAGGACCUCCUUUCACAUGUUGCUGAGAGAACAAGUCAGCUGAAACGCCUUCAAUUUGCAUGUUGUGGUGGUAAUAUGUGUGAAAGCUGGAACGAGGGAGUUCUUAAGAAAUUUACAUUGCUGGAGGAACUCAGCCUUUUCGAUACAUCCAUACAUAUAAGUAGCAUUGAAAUAGUUGGCAAAUAUUGCCCGUUGCUAACAACACUAAAACUGAAUCAGAGACCCGUUCCAUACUCCAAAUCGAAUAAAUUAUACAAAAAGGCUGUGAUAUCCACCGCUAUAGGGAAUAGCUUGCCUGGGUUAAGGCACCUUGAACUCAUUGGAAACUACAUGUCGAAUGAUGGGUUGAAGUCAAUUCUGGACGGUUGUCCUCACCUUGAAUCACUUGACUUGCGUGGGUGUUUUUACAUUAAACUCAAUGGAGCCCUAAGGAAAAGAUUGUUACAAACCAUAAAAAAUCUUAAAAUGCCGAAGGACUCUCUUGAAGGCUAUGUAGCUGUUUCACUGUUUCCUGCAAACAUUAUUUUCUUUUUGGCUUUUCUACUGAAGCUCAAGAGUGUUGCAUUGCGGUGA